CAAAAUAUUGAAGACUUAUUACUAAUACAAUUUAUUAAAUCAAGCCAAAUUUUUGAGGAUUCUGAUAAUAAAUCAAAUGAUUCUGAAGCUGAAGAAGCUGAAGAAGACAAAUUUAUUUUUUUGGAUUAA